ACCGGAGUGUAUGCCGACUCUCAGCAGUCGAUGUUGUGACAGUUGGGUUUGGGGCGUUGGGCUAGCAAGAUAAAACGGCAGAUCUAGUGAAAUCAGUCAACGAACAGAAAGAAAACAAAGUGUGAAAAAACAAAUGCAAUUAGAUAAUAAUAAUGGACAUAGAACAGCAGCAUCAACAGCAACAGCCCCAAACGAGCAGCAGCAACAGAUGUGACAGCGAGAAAUGUCAAAAACUUAAAAGAUUUGUGAUUAUUGCCCUGCUGAUCACGAUUGGCAUUUUGAGUUGGCAUUUCUACGAGUACUUCCACAGCAAACCUCUACCCAAACUGCCAGAUGAUGUGCUGGCCUUAUCGCGGACUCUUUUUGCCGAAGAAUCGGCCCCCAGCGAAUAUCUCUUUAAGGUAAAUUUGCAGGGCAAGACAAGCUCUGGGGCACGCGAUGAUCGCGCACCACAACCUCUUUUUGAACUUCACAACGAUUUACUAGCGAGGGAUGCCAAUUCUACUACAAGUCUAUUGCUACGCCUCUUUAACAACUACGAAAUAGAUGUCAGCGUGCCAGAGCAGAUAACUGAAGAGCAUAAGCAAGAGCAACUGGAUUUUUUGCGUAGUGUGAUGAAUACCCGAGUCAUGAAGCUCUCCAUGCGCUUCCUAGUGAAGAAGAAUGUGGUCAGCGACGACUAUGAUGAUCAACUAAAGCUACUUCAAGACCUUUGGUUCACACCAUACUCGCGGGGAAAAGGUGUUAUAGGCAGCUCCAGCUUUGAGCACAUAUUCCUAGCAGAAAAUCGAGAAAAUUCUGUUCUUGGUUUGCACAAUUGGCUGUACUUUGCAGAGCAGGAGCAACAGGGUCAUGUGGACUACAAAGGUUGGAUAAAGAGAGCUGAUACGGGGAGACAACACCAAUUCGCAUUGUCACUUCGUUUUGCAUUCUUUGGUAUACAAAAGCCGUAUAGUGGUUUCUUGGUGGGCACGUCGCCGGAACUGGAGAUGAGUUUAUACACGGUCUGCUUUUUAGUUACUCCCGAAAAGGAACCUUGCGAAAUUCAACUAGGUUCCGCUAAGCUAAGUAUUGUGUCUCACGUGUGGAAUUGGAAAGGCAAGCGACUGAUAGCAAGCGCUUAUGUUUCGAUUCCAUAAACGGAGUGCAGAGCAUAAAUUUCAUGAUAAGUACACACUCAGAAAAUAGUUUAAUUGCAAUUUUUUAAUACCAUAGGUAUCAAGUGUCACUGGUCUAGUCAACUAGAAUAUACCCUGUGCUUAGCUUUUUUAGUUUAUUACUAUUGCGAGCCAUUGUACUAAAUACUUCUUAUAGCUCUAGUACAUGUAAAUCAAACGUUCUACAUUGCUCUAUCUCUCAAUG